AUGGGCAACACGUGCGGCGUCACGCUUAGAUCCAAGUACUUCGCCAGCUUCCGCGGAAGCGCGUCGCAGCGCCGCGACGCGGCGGGUUACGCACCCGUCUCCGCCUCCGCGGCCGCCGAUGAGCCCGCGCCGCACGGGAACGGGAAGCGAGCCACGCGUCCGCCCGAGGCGGGAGCCGCGGCGGACGGCUCAGCCCCGCCCCCCGCCCCAGGCAUGCGGCGCGGGGUGCCGGCCCCCGCGGAGCUCACGGCCAACGUGCUGGGCCACCCGACCCCGAGCCUCCGCGACCACUACGCGCUCGGCCGCAAGCUGGGGCAGGGGCAGUUCGGCACCACCUACCUCUGCACGGACCUCGCCACAGGCGUGGACUACGCCUGCAAGAGUAUAGCCAAGCGGAAGCUCAUCACCAGGGAGGAUGUCGAGGACGUGCGCCGCGAGAUCCAGAUUAUGCACCACCUGGCCGACCACCGUAACGUCGUCGCCAUCAAGGGCGCGUUCGAGGACCAGCAGUACGUCCACAUCGUUAUGGAGCUCUGCGCGGGCGGGGAGCUGUUCGACCGUAUCAUACAGCGCGGACAUUACAGCGAGCGCAAGGCCGCGGAACUCACGCGCAUUAUCGUUGGGGUCGUCGAAGCGUGCCACUCGCUCGGGGUAAUGCACAGGGAUCUCAAGCCCGAGAACUUCUUGCUCGCGAACAAGGAUGACGAUAUGUCGCUCAAGGCCAUCGACUUCGGCCUCUCAGUGUUCUUCAAGCCUGGUCAAAUUUUUACCGAUGUUGUGGGAAGCCCUUACUAUGUAGCUCCAGAAGUGCUGCGGAAACGAUAUGGACCAGAAGCUGAUGUGUGGACAGCUGGAAUAAUUCUUUACAUACUUCUAAGUGGCGUACCUCCAUUUUGGGCAGAGACACAGCAAGGAAUUUUCGAUGCUGUUUUGAAAGGUGUAAUUGAUUUUGAUUCGGAUCCCUGGCCUGUGAUCUCUGAGAGUGCGAAGGAUCUUAUAAGAAGAAUGUUGAAUCCUCUCCCAUCGGAGCGCUUAACAGCACAUGAAGUUCUAUGUCAUCCAUGGAUUUGUGACCAUGGAGUUGCUCCUGAUCGUCCUCUUGAUCCAGCCAUCCUGUCUCGCAUCAAGCAGUUCUCAGCGAUGAAUAAGUUAAAGAAGAUGGCUUUGCAGGUAAUUGCCGAGAGCCUUUCGGAGGAGGAGAUUGCAGGGCUGAAGGAAAUGUUCAUGGCAAUGGAUACAGAUAAUAGCGGUGCAAUUACAUAUGAUGAACUGAAAGAAGGAUUGAGAAAGUAUGGUUCCACAUUAAAGGAUACUGAAAUUCGUGAUCUCAUGGAGGCGGCUGAUAUAGACAACAGUGGGACCAUUGAUUAUAUAGAAUUCAUUGCUGCUACAUUGCACCUCAAUAAACUGGAGCGUGAGGAACAUCUAGUUGCAGCAUUUUCGUAUUUUGACAAAGAUGGCAGUGGUUACAUUACUGUGGAUGAGCUUCAACAAGCGUGCAAAGAGCAUAACAUGCCAGCUGCUUUUCUUGAUGAUGUGAUUAAAGAAGCUGACCAGGAUAAUGAUGGGCGCAUUGAUUACGGGGAAUUUGUUGCCAUGAUGACAAAGGGCAAUAUGGGAGUUGGGAGGAGAACAAUGAGAAACAGCUUGAACAUAAGCAUGAGAGACACGCCUGGUGCCCUCUGA